CGUGCAAUAUUCAACAGUGUUUUGCUAUCUAUCGUGUUUUUAUUUGGAAUAAUCAAACCAAAACAAACGGUGAAAAACAACAAUCGUCAUGGCUGAUGUUGCACUACAUCCUGCCCACGUGGCACACGGAACGUCUCCAAAGAAGGCCAAGGCCGCCUCCAAGGGCGAGAAGAAGGCGAAGAAGCCAUCAACUCAUCCACCGGUCAACGAUAUGGUGGUGGCUGCCCUCAACGCUCUCAAGGAACGCCACGGAACGUCUCUGCAAGCCGUUAAGAAGUACAUCGGGGCCAACUAUAAGUGCGAUUUGACCAAGCUGUCUCCAUUCAUCAAGAAGGCGCUGAAGAGCGGUGUCGCUAAGGGUGCUCUGGUUCAGACCAAAGGAACCGGUGCUUCCGGAUCGUUCAAGUUGAAGGUGAAACCAAAGGCAGCUUCCGGCGAGAAGGCUAAGAAGAAGGCAACUGGCGGAGAGAAAAAGAAAGCUGCCAAGAAGCCUGGUAAGAAGCUGACCGCUGGAGUGGCAAAGCCCAAGAAGGCCAAGACUUCCCCGGCGAGAGCUGGAGGUGCCAAGAAGAAGGCCACUGGCGCUGGGUUGAAGCAAAAGUCCACCAAGCAUUCCAAGAGCGUUGCCAAGAAGCCAAAGGCCCCGAAACCGAAGAAGGCCUCCGGAGCAUCGAAGAAGUCCGCCAAGAAGUAAGAUGGAUCUCUGCUUCGCUGCGACGGGAUUUUGCAUGGAUGCUGCAGGAAGGCAUUCUCCAUUUCUUUUUUUGAUAACAAUCAGUCCUUCUCAGGACUACCGAACGAUUUUUGCCAAAGAGUUAGAGGAAAAAUUUCCUUGGAUGUGGUUUUAGGGGAGAAAACCAAUCUGAAAUGAAAGAAAGCCAUGGGAUAGGGGGUUUGAUUGGAAUUGAUUGAAUGUUUGUGCCGCUGUAAACAAGUUACAAUGCGAGGAAAUGAAAAUCUUGCAACUUGUUGCAAUUUUCAGCACGGUAUCGGACGGAACGGAAAGCUCACCUAUUCGAAUAUGAAUAAAAAGUAGGCAUAUUUUUCUUAUGGGAAAAGUAUUUUGAAAA